UCCACAGACUCGUCAGCCAGUCUUUGUUCAGCUCUUGCAAGGCGUGUUCAGAGUUUACCACUGCAACUGGCUGCUUCCUGUCCAGAAGGGCUCAGUUGAAGGAUGUAUUAAGGUCUUAUCAGAUGUUGCUAAAAGCCGGGCAAUUGCAAUACCUGUGGAUUUGGACAGCCAAGUCAACAAUCUCUUCCUCAAGUCUCACAAUAUUGUCCAGAAGACUGCUAUGAGCUGGAGAAUGUCUGCCCGCAAUGCAGCCAGGAGAGACUCCGUCCUUGCUGCAUCCCGGGACUAUAGAAACAUCAUUGAGCGACUGCAGGAUAUCGUGUCUGCUUUAGAGGAUCGUUUGCGACCCCUGGUACAGGCUGAGCUGUCUGUCCUUGUUGAUGUUCUCCAUAGACCAGAGCUACUAUUUCCAGAAAACACAGAUGCAAGAAGAAAGUGUGAGAGUGGAGGGUUCAUCUGCAAGCUUAUUAAACACACAAAACAGCUGUUGGAGGAAAAUGAGGAAAAGUUAUGCAUCAAAGUCUUACAAACUCUUCGCGAAAUGAUGACCAAGGACCGCGGCUAUGGAGAAAAGCUGAUUUCCUUUGAUGAUGAGUUGGAUGUUACUGAGCUUCUCCCACCACCCCUCCUCCUCCUCCUCCACCUCCACCUCCUCCUCCUGAACCAGAGGCUCCUCCUGAGGUGUGUGUAUGAGCAAGUGAAGUAUUACUGUGAGAAUUCAAAAUCUUCACUCUGUUCACCAUACUUCAUCUGUUCAUCCAGACAACUUGUAAUUUUACUUUUCAUUUCCAUCCAGCCUGUUUGCAUUGUUCAGUGUAAGUUUGACAUUGUCUGAUUGGCCAGUUAGAGUCCAGGAGGGGAAGUUGCCUUUCCCUAGACUGUUAGGACUUGCCAUCAUGUGUCUUGAGUUAAGAUAUUGGACUGCCCAGCUUGCAGGUUUGGUUGGUAAGCCUUCUCCUGUGUA